AUGCUUCUGAUUGCCGCUCUCUUCACAAGUUAUAUUCUACAACAAAAGAGAAUACAGGCCGUACAUGAAACGGUCAUAUCCAUAUUCGCCGGCAUGGUUGUAGGUCUCGUCAUCCGACUGUCGCCAGGGACUGCAAUUCAAGAUACUGUCAGCUUUGACUACCAGUUCUUCUUCAACCUCCUCCUUCCUCCAAUCAUUCUGGCCUCGGGCUACGAACUGCAUCAGGCAAACUUCUUUCGAAACAUUGGCACCAUUCUGACCUUUGCAUUCGCGGGUACCUUCAUUUCAGCCAUCUCCCUCGGUCUGAUUCUCUGGUUGUGGACGAGAAUACCUUUCGAUGGACUCACAAUCACGUGGGUCGAGGCCAUUUCCGUUGGUGCAACUCUCUCCGCAACCGAUCCCGUCACCAUUCUAGCUAUUUUCAAUCUCUACAAAGUCGAGCCGAAACUCUACACCAUCAUAUUUGGAGAAUCCAUUCUAAACGAUGCUAUUGCAAUUGUCCUUUUUGAGACCGCUCAGAGAUACAAGGAUGGAGGUGUGGCUGGAAAUCUCGGAAUUGUCAGCUUGUUUGAGGCUAUUGGCUUCUUCUUGUUGGUUUUCUUUACCAGCCUGGUUAUUGGUGUCAUUGUUGGUGUCGGCACUGCGCUCAUCUUGAAGUACACUUUGAUACGCCGCUUUCCCAAAAUCGAAAGCUGUUUGGUCAUUCUGAUCGCAUACGCUUGCUAUUUCUUUUCAAAUGGCGUACACAUGUCUGGAAUCGUCUCCCUCCUUUUCUGCGGAAUCACCCUAAAGCAUUACGCAUACUACAACAUGUCUCGAAGAACACAACUCACCACAAAAUUCAUCUUCCAAAUUCUAGCACAAUUGUCCGAAAAUUUCAUCUUCAUCUACCUCGGCCUUACCCUGUUUACCGAAACAGAUCUUGUCUUCAAACCUCUGUUCAUCUUAGUUACCGUGGUCGGCAUCUGUGCGGCUCGAUGGUUGGCUGUCUUCCCUCUAUCCAAGGCCAUCAAUUACAUCAUUAGGCUACGAGCUAAACGACGAGGUCAUGAUGUUGCUGAAGAACUCCCCUGGCACUAUCAAGCCAUGUUAUUCUGGGCUGGUCUUCGUGGUGCUGUGGGUGUCGCUUUGGCUGCUGGUCUUCAGGGUAAUGAAGGUCCAGCUCUUCGCGCGACUGUCCUUGUCGUGGUGGUGUUAACGGUCAUCAUCUUUGGUGGUACAACAGCCCGUAUGCUCGAAAUCCUUGGAAUUCGUACCGGUAUCGUGGAAGAAAUUGAUUCUGAUGAUGAAUUUGACAUUGAAACUGCCAAUGGUGGUACAUAUUACAAACGUUCAGGCACAGGUUUUGGCCACACUCCACGCCCAUCGAAUAUCGGCUUGGACUUUGUGGACAACAACAGGGGGGGCGUGAAUGGGUCUGCCGGAGGUGGAAAUCAUGCAAGAGGCGACAGGGGCUACAGCAGUAGUAACGGCCGAUCACCACCCUUGGGGAAAGCAAGAACGACCAAUCACCGCAAAAAUUCGACCAUCAGUCAGCGUGAGCGUGAUUUUGUUUCACAGCAAGGACAACUCCUCUCCAGCAGUCGUAGUGGAUCUCCCUCAGACGACGAGUCUGACGCUGUUGAUCUUGAUCUCCCUCCGGCGGCUCCACGGAGAAAUCCUUCACCUCUAUCAAUGCCAGGCAGUGGGCACCUAGCCCCUGGAUCGUUGGACAAUAGGACACGAUCGGCUCCCAACAUCUUACAUGAUACUCUAAGGCCAAAUGGCAAUGGUGAUGAUGAAAUCCUCCCGACACACACAGGGGCAGGUGCCUCCAGCCACACAGGACGGAUAAGAGAUCUACUUCGUGGAGCGACUGCGGAUCAUACCGCAUGGUUCAAGCAACUCGAUGAAGAUUUCAUCAAGCCUCAUCUGCUCCUCGAUCAGCAUCAAGGUCAGGGUCCACCCCCUGGUUGA